AAUGGCACUGGCGACGAGCUGAGCUUGGUGCUCCAGAGCUCUAAGUGCCGUGCUCUGUGUACGUAUGUGGUCGGCGAUAAGAUACAGAUACAGAUACAUUGUAACAUAGUGGUGUUCGGGUCCUACAUAAAUAUUCAUGCUGCCGCUGGCUAAAUGCAAAUGUAUUAGAAAUUGCUCGCCUUCAAUGAAUUUGAGUUCUACUCAAGCUCUAGCUCUAGAGUUUUGAUGCUCGGACAGGCCAGCGUUAUUCGCAAUCCAGCAGUUGUCGCGAUCGGAAGCAAAUCGGAAAAUCUCCCUUGGAAUCCUAAACCACGAAGGCGAAGAAUUUGCUGGUUGUGUUCGACGAUUAUUCGAAGUCGACGCAUUUCAAUUGGAUUCAGAAUUUGAUUUAUUGAGAUGUUGCCCUUUCGCUGGGGCCUGCUACUGGGCCUCGUAGUGCUCGUAGCGUGCGGAGCCAAUGGAGCUGCCAUCGAGAAAUCGGCCAGCGAAGAUGAGCUCUCGGAUGUGAACGACUUGUUGAGGCAGAAACGAAGCGGCAGAGGCUAUGCUACGGGUCAGACCCAGUCGCAGUACUUAAACUUUGGUAAGCCCGAGCAGGACGGCAAGGCCGAGGCGGAGGCCAACGAGAGCGGUUCCCGGGCGACAGUCUCUGGAACUCAUGGCAUGGGCCAGGCCCAGAGUCAGUUCUCUUCGGGGGAUUGCAGUGGCUGCGGCUACCAGCCUGACUACCCAUCGUCUGGCAGGAUAAUCGAUGCCAGUGGGACCGGAGCGAUCGGUGGACCUGGUUCCAACGUAAACCUUCCUGGUAAAGUUGGUCCAGGGGUUGUUGGGCAACCCGGAUUCGGUGGCCAGCCAGGACAGGCAGGAAUCGGUGGACAGCCAGGAUUUGGUGGUCAGGCUGGAACUGGUGUUCAGCCAGGAUUUGGUGGACAGCAAGGAAUAGGAGGACUACCUGGAGUUGGUGGACAGCAAGGAAUUGGAGGUCAGACAGGUGUUGGACCCCAAACCGGUGGUGGAGGUCAGCCUGGAAUCGGCGGAGGACAGCCUGGAAUCACCGGACAGACAGGUGGCCAGCCAGGAUUUGGUGGGCAGCAAGGAAUUGGAGGACAGCCUGGAGUUGGUGGACAGCAAGGAAUUAGGGGACAGCCAGGUUUUGGCCCGCAAACCGGUGGUGGAGGACAGCCUGGAAUCGGCGGAGGUCAGCCAGGAAGACAACCCGGUGCUGAAGAUCUAUCGAACAUUGGAGGCGGUCAACCUGGAGGACAAACUGGAAUCGGUGGAACGCCAGGAGAAGUUGGCGGUCAACAAGGAUCUCAACCAGGAGCUGGAGGUAUUGGUGGUGGACAGCCCGGAUUUGGAGUGCAACCUGGAACUGGAGCCGUACAGCCUGGUUACGGAGGGUCAGCUGGAACUGGAGCUGGGCAACCUGGGUAUGGAGGCCAACCUGGAUUGGGAGGAAGUCAACCUGGGGUAGGUCAGCCUGGCUACGGAGGACAAACAGGAACAGGAACCGGACAACCAGGUUAUGGAGGACAGACUGGUAUUGGUGGUGGACAGCCUGGAUACGGAGGACAAACUGGACCUGUAGUCGGACAGCCCGGUUUUGGAGGCCAAGGUGGAACUGGAGCAGGACAGCCUGGUUAUGGAGGGCAAACAGGAACUGGAACCGGACAGCCCGUUUACGGAGGUCAGGCGGGAACUGGAACCGGACAACCUGGUUAUGGAGGACAGGCUGGCACUGCAACAGGACAACCUGGUUAUGGAGGACAAACUGGAAUUGGUGGUCAACUUGGACUACCUGGGGGACAACCUGGCAUCGGCGGACAACCUGGAAUCAGCGGUGGACAACCUGGGUAUGGAGGUCAAACUGGAACAGGAACUGGACAGCCCGGGUACGGAGGGCAACCUGGAAUUGGAGGAGGUCAACCUGGAAUAGGAGUGCAGCCUGGUUAUGGAGGACAAACUGGAGGCCAGCCCGGAUAUAGGGGACAAACCGGAACUGGAACCGGACAACCUGGUUAUGGUGGUCAGACUGGAAUUGGUGGUGGAGCAACACAACCUUCUUAUGCACAAACCGGAGGCCAGCCCGGAUAUGGAGGUGGUCAACAAGUUCAGCCCGGAUACGGUGGACAAACGGGAGCCGGACAGCCUGGUUACGGAGGUCAAAUUGGAACCGGCCAGCCUGGUUACGGAGGUCAAACUGGAAUUGGUGGAGGUCAACCAAGUACAGGAAUCCAGCCAGGUUACGGAGCACAGCCUGGAUAUGGAGGACAAACUGGAACUGGAACCGGGCAGCCCGGCUACGGAGGUCCGGCAGGAACUGGACCAGGACUCCCUGGUUACGGAGGACAAACUGGAACUGGAGCUGGACAGCCUGGAUUUGGAGGUCAAACAGGAGCCGGUCAGCCUGGUUUCGGAGGUCAAACUGGAACAGGUGUCGGACAGCCUGGUUACGGAGGUCAAGCAGGAACAGGACAGCCUGGUUACGGAGGACAAACUGGAGGCCAGCCCGGAUAUGGAGGGCAAACCGGAACUGGAACCGGACAACCUGGAUACGGAGGUCAGACUGGAAUUGGUGGUGGACAGCCCGGAUAUGGAGGACAAACCGGAACUGGAACUGGAAAACCAGGAUACGGAGAACAGACUGGAACUGGAGCUGCACAACCUUCUUAUGGACAAACCGCAGGCCAACCCGGAUAUGGAGGAGGUCUACCAGGUCAACUAGUUCAGCCUGGAUACGGAGGACAAACUGGAACUGGACAGCCUGGUUACGGAGGUCAACCAAGUACGGGAGUCCAGCCAGGUUACGGAGCACAGCCUGGAUAUGGAGGACAAACUGGAACUGGAACCGGGCAGCCCGGCUACGGAGGUCAGGCAGGAACUGGACCAGGACUCCCUGGUUACGGAGGACAAACUGGAACUGGAGCUGGACAGCCUGGAUUUGGAGGUCAAACUGGAGCCGGUCAGCCUGGAUUUGGAGGUCAAACUGGAGCCGGUCAGCCUGGUUUCGGAGGUCAAACUGGAACAGGUGUCGGACAGCCCGGUUUCGGAGGUCAAGCAGGAACAGGACAGCCUGGGUACGGAGGACAAACUGGAGGCCAGCCCGGAUAUGGAGGGCAAACCGGAACUGGAACCGGACAUCCUGGUUACGGAGGGCAGACUGGAACUGGACAGCCUAGUUAUGGAGGACAGACUGGAACUGGAGUCGGACAACCUGGUUAUGGAGGACAGACUGGAAUUGGUGGUGGACAGCCUGGAUUUGGAGGCCAAACUGGAGCCGGUCGGCCUGGUUACGGAGGCCAAACUGGAAUUGGUGGAGGACAACCAGGUACGGGAGUCCAGCCUGGUUAUGGAGGACCAUCGGGAACUGGAGUUGGGCAGCCCGGUUAUGGAGGACAAACAGGCAUUGGAGGCACUCAACCAGGUGCAGGAGUACAGCCUGGCUAUGGCGGACAAACUGGAGCUGGAGCCGGACAGCCUGGAGCUGGAGUUCAGCCUGGAUACGGAGGACAAACUGGUAUUGGAGGACAGCCUGGAUUUGGAGGACAAACUGGAGCUGGAGCCGGACAGCCUGGAGCUGGAGUUCAGCCUGGAUACGGAGGACAAACUGGUAUUGGAGGACAGCCUGGAUUUGGAGGACAAACUGGAGCUGGAGGUCAGCCUGGAUACGGAGGACAAACUGGUAUUGGAGGACAGCCUGGAUUUGGAGGACAAACUGGAGCUGGAGCCGGACAGCCUGGAGCUGGAGUUCAGCCUGGAUACGGAGGACAAACUGGUAUUGGAGGACAGCCUGGAUUUGGAGGACAAACUGGAGCUGGAGCCGGACAGCCUGGAGCUGGAGUUCAGCCUGGAUACGGAGGACAAACUGGUAUUGGAGGACAGCCUGGAUUUGGAGGACAAACUGGAGCUGGAGGUCAGCCUGGAUACGGAGGACAAACUGGUAUUGGAGGACAGCCUGGAUUUGGAGGACAAACUGGAGCUGGAGGUCAGCCUGGAUACGGAGGACAAACUGGUAUUGGAGGACAGCCUGGAUUUGGAGGACAACCUGGAGUCACUGGCGGACAGUCGCCUGUUCCAGGGCAAGCAGGAUUUGGGGGCCAACCAGGAAUUGGUGGCCAGACUGGUACCGGCACACAGGUCGGACAGCCCGGCGGCGGCGCUCAAAUUGGAGCACCUGGACGUUACACUGCUGGAACUGGAGUCGUACCCGGAGCUGGUGGCGUUGGAGGUGGGUCUGUCGGCGCUGGAACUGGUGCUGUUGGUGUUCCUGGGUCUGCUGGAGUCGUUGGAGCUGAUGAUGCCUUCUCGCAGGCAGAGUCCUCCAUUGGUGACGGACAGGCCUCCGCCAGUGCUCAGGGCAAGAAGAACGGUGGCACAGCCAAGACGCAAGUCUCCGGAACCUAUAGUGCUGGAGGCACUUUCAGCGCCAGUGCCAUGACCUCGGACGCGGAUCGGGCAGCUAGUGCUCAGGUGACUGGUACCGCCGAGGGGGCUCAGAGUCAGUCUCAGGGCUCCGGCGGCCCGGCUCAGUCGCAGGCUCAGGUGCAGGUGGCCAAGGAUGGAGGCACCAAGGCUUCUUCACAGAGCGGUGGUAUCAUCCAGCAGAGCCAGAGCGAGGUGCACGCCAAUGACAAGGGCGGCCUGGCGGACGCCCAGUCCAGUGGACCAGGACAAACCUCUUCUCAGGCUCAGAUUGGUUUCCGGCCCGGCCAGGAACAGACAGCAGCCAAUGGGGGAGGUCAGGCUUCCUCCUCGUCGGGAACCCACUCUAGUCAGAGUAGUUCUCAGAUUCAUGGAACCUCCAGCUUUGGUGUUUCUUAUCAUGGAGCAGCUCAAUCCGCCUCAGGAACCAAGGAGCAGGUGGCCUCCUACAGGGAACAGAACCGUCAACUUUUCAACACGAUUAGUCAGUUCGGAAACGUGGGCAAUGCUGUUACUGACCGUGCUGAUGCUGUCUACAGUGGACCUGCGCUUACGGACGAUUCCGAUCGCCUGCCGGAACUGCAAUUAAAAUCAAAAAAAAAUAAAGAGGAGACUGAGAAGGCUGACGAGAAGAAGCCCGACCAGGCGGAGCCCGUUCAGUACGACGACGAUGAUGAAACUGACGCCGACGACUACGACGAGGAUGAGUACUACAAUGAGAAGCCCAUUAAGCUAGAAGAAAGUCCAAAACCGACGCCAAAACCUUUGGCCUAUACACAAUCGUCUCCCACGCAAAAUCAACAGGCGGUGGUGGCGGCAGCGCCCGGAGACAAGUACCAGGUGGUCCAGAAACAAAACGACAAGGUGAACACCUACACCGAACCCUCAACCACCGAGGCCGUUCCUCCGGGAUUCCGCGGCACCGUCAACGUGCAGAAGAAGUUCCACACCAAGGCUCUGGAACUGCCGCACAGUGGCAACAAGGUGGAAAUCACUCCCGACAUCAAGGAUGAGGGUCCAGUUCGCGGCGACAGGCCGACAGUACGCGCUCCGGAUAGCUAUGUGACCGUUACCAAGUCGGUGACCGGCAGCAUGGACAACAGCAAGAACCCGCCGGAGGAGAACAAGAACUUCCAGUCGACGUACUACACCAAGUCCUCGACAUGUGGCUACUUCACCUUCUCCUGCAACAUUGUCUACGGUCCCAAUGGCCGGAACAAAAUCUGCCGCCCCAAGGCCCCCACCAACGGCAAGUGCUAGAGGGAGGAGGCAACCGUUUAAAAUACCCACCCAUAUUAAUAUUAUUGUAGAUCAGUUAUAAAAGGGGCUCAAUUGUAGUAAUUAGCUUCUUCAUAAAGCAUCUGAGUGUUUUUCGAGAAUAAUUUUAGAGUUUCACUGCCAUUUCCUUAAUAUUUUGUACGAUUUGCAACUGUAAUUAAUAUUUAAUAACAAACCAAAACCAAAACCAAA